UUUAGUAUAAAAGCUGAACCAGCUAUAUAAGCAAUUAUAGUUUCAAGUCACUUUGAAAGCUAAGGAACACCACCAUGUCUCCCUUCACCGUGUUCGUCCUCUGCCUCCAGCUCUGCCUGAUUCAGUCCGUGCUGAGCCAGAAGUGCUGCGGUACGGGUAAAAGCUCGUACAGCUCUGUGAGCUCUGGCAGCAGCGGCGGCUCGUACGGCGGGCAGGGCUGCGGACAGGUGGGCGCGGCCGGCACCAUCGACGCGUGUGGCACCACCUGCGUCACCGGCGCCGUGCCCGUGCUCGGCUCCGUCUGCUUCGGCGGCUGCGCGCCCGCCCGCGGCUCCGUCUCCAUCUGCGGGCAGUGCGGAUGCGGAUGCAACUAACCUUUUCCCCGACGAUCUAA